AUGAAGACAGGUAAUGCGCCCAUUAGGGAUCGGACGCAGGAGUUCCUAAGGAUAGCGGAGAGGGUGAAGAAGCCUUCAUCCACACAGAAUGGGCCGAGCAGCAGCCGAUCGAAGCCGGAGGGGGCGCCGCCGCGGUCGGCGGUGGCUCUGCAGUCGGAGUUCAACCGGAGGGCGUCGAGAAUCGGGUUCGGGAUUCACCAGACGUCGCAGAAGCUAGCUAAGCUGGCAAAAUUGGCAAAAAGGACGUCGGUUUUUGACGACCCCACCAUGGAAAUCCAGGAGCUAACUGCAGUUAUUAAGCAGGAUAUAACAGCCCUUAAUUCUGCGGUGGUCGAUCUCCAGCUCCUCAGCAGCUCACGUAAUGAUAGUGGGCAGAUGUCCACCGACACAACUUCUCAUUCCACGACAGUUGUUGAUGAUUUGAAAAAUCGUCUGAUGAGCACGACAAAGGAGUUCAAGGAUGUACUGACCAUGAGAACUGAGAAUUUGAAGGUCCACGAGAACAGGCGACAGUUGUUCUCUUCCUCAGUUUCCAAGAAUCCUACAAACCCUUUCAUUCGUCAGCGCCCUUUGGCGACAAUGUCUGCUGCCGGAACAUCAUCCUCGCCACCUCUUCCAUGGGCGAGCAAUAGAGAACCUUCAUCUCAAAUGCUUCCCAAGAAUCAGGUGGAUGGGGAGUCUCAGCCAUUACUACAUCAGCAACAAAACCAACAACAGCAAAUGGUUCCGCUACAAGACAGCUACAUGCAGAGUAGAGCCGAAGCUCUUCAAAACGUGGAGUCAACUAUUCAUGAGCUGAGCAGUAUCUUCAAUCAGCUAGCAACGUUAGUUUCCCAGCAAGGAGAAAUCGCCAUCAGGAUUGAUGAGAACAUGGAUGAUACACUGUCGAACGUUGAGGGCGCACAAGGAGCAUUGCUCAAAUAUCUCAACAGCAUCUCCUCUAAUCGGUGGCUGAUGAUCAAGAUUUUCUUUGUAUUGAUUUUCUUUCUCAUGAUAUUUCUAUUCUUUGUGGCCUAA